UGAGGCGGCCCCGGCGGCUCAGAUCCGGCCCGGGCGGAGCUGCCGGAUGCAGCGGGAGCCGCCGGUCCCCGCGGCAGGGAACGGGCUCACCCCGACGGCUCCCGCGGAGCCCCCCCGCAACCCCGGCACGGCGGGGGUGUCCGGCCCGCUUCGCCCCGGCCCGUUCUACGGGUGCGAACCCGCGGUCCCUCUGCGUCCCCCGGGGAGCUCCGGGCCCCCGGGGGCGGCCGGGCCGGGGGACGCUGCCCCGCCAUGCCGGUACCGGAGCGCCGGCAGUGCGGGCAGGGCUGCCCGUGCCCGGGGCUGCGGACGAGGCUGCCCGUCCUGCGCUGGCUCCCGCGCUAUUCUCUGGCCUGGCUGCAGCUCGACGUGAUCGCCGGCCUGACCGUGGGGCUCACCGUCGUGCCGCAGGCAUUGGCCUAUGCCGAGGUGGCCGGGCUGCCCCUCCAGUAUGGCCUCUACUCUUCCUUCAUGGGCUGCUUUGUCUACUGCUUCCUGGGCACCGCCAAGGAUGUGACACUGGGUCCCACAGCUAUCAUGUCACUGCUUGUCUCUUCGUAUGCGUUCCACGAGCCUGUCUAUGCUGUCCUGCUCGCCUUCCUCUCCGGCUGCAUCCAGCUGACCAUGGGCCUCCUGCACCUCGGUUUCCUUCUGGAUUUCAUUUCCUGCCCAGUCAUUAAAGGCUUUACAUCAGCUGCUUCCAUCACCAUUAGCUUCAACCAGAUCAAGAACAUCCUGGGGCUGCAGGGGAUCCCUCGGCAGUUUUUUCUGCAGGUGUAUGAGACGCUGCGGAGGAUCGGGGAGACCAGGGCUGGGGACGUCGUCCUGGGGCUGGCCUGCCUGGCUGCGCUGGCAGGGCUCCGGGCGAUGAAGGGCCGCCUGCCCCGAGCAGCCCCCGCGGAGCCACUGGCUGCCAGGGUCAGCUACCUGAUUGUCUGGACCUCCACCACGGCACGCAACGCCCUUGUAGUCCUGUUUGCUGGCCUGGUUGCUUACUCCUUCCAGGUGAUGGGAUCCCAGCCGCUCACGCUCACCGGCAGCAUCCCCCAGGGCCUCCCUGCCUUCCAGCUGCCGCGCUUCUCCAUGGCUACACCCAAUGGCACCAUCCCCUUCAGGAGCAUGGUGGAGGACAUAGGGGUCGGUCUGGCCGUGGUCCCGCUCAUGGGCCUGCUGGAGACUGUGGCGAUUGCCAAGGCUUUUGCCUCACAGAAUGAUUACAGGAUUGACCCCAACCAGGAGCUGCUGGCUAUGGGCUUCGCCAACAUCCUGGGCUCCUUCGUCUCAUCGUAUCCCAUCACAGGCAGCUUUGGCCGGACAGCAGUGAACGCGCAAUCAGGCGUCUGCACUCCUGCAGGAGGGCUUGUCACAGGGGCCCUGGUCCUGCUCUCGCUGGCAUACCUCACCUCGCUCUUCUACUACAUCCCCAAAGCGGCGCUGGCCGCCGUCAUCAUCUCAGCUGUGGUCCCCAUGUUUGAUCCUGGGAUCUUCAGGACUCUCUGGCGGGUUAAGAGGCUGGACCUUGUGCCCCUCUGUGUGACGUUCCUGCUCUGCUUCUGGGAGGUCCAGUAUGGCAUUGUGGCUGGAGUGCUGACCUCAGGGAUUUUCCUUCUCUACUCCAUUGCCAGGCCCCCAAUAAAGGUGUCGGAGGGGGACGUGCUCCUCGUGCAGCCGGGGAGCAGCCUGCACUUCCCAGCCAUAGAGUGCCUCCGGGAUGCUGUGUGCAGCCGUGUCCUGGCAGCAGCAUCUCCACCACGCUCCGUCAUCCUGGACUGUCGCCACAUCAGCAGCAUUGAUUACACGGUGGUGGUGGGGCUCGCAGAGCUGCUGCAGGAGCUGCGCAAGCAGGGCCUCUCACUGACCUUCUGCAGCCUGCAGGACCCUGUUCUGCAAGUCCUACUGUCGGCAGACUUAGAAGGAUUCCAAUAUUUCCCCAGCUGGGAGGAGGCAGAGCGGUGUGGAGGAGCAGAGCCGGAGGGUGGCUGGUCACCCCCCUUCACCAGCACCAGCGAGACCUCGCUGCUACCCGCAGGGCUCAUCCAGUGAGUCGAGGAGCUGCCUGGGACCUCCUCAAGGGCAGCAUCACCUUGUCGUCUCCUCACCUCUGAUUACGCUGGGGCUGUAUGUCCUGUGCCACGCAGAGUGGUGGCUGUGACACCCCAGUGACAUCUGACCAAAGCCCUCCACGGGAGCUGCCUGCCCCUGUCCUUCCUCCUGGGCGGCUGGUGGGAUGCCUGUUGGGGCUGGGACCAUCCCUAUGUCCCACGCAGGGGAGGGUAGGACAAGGCCAAGGACAGAUGGCCCCUGGAAGCGAUUAGCGGGGCAAAACCGUUCCCUAUCACAGUCAUCAGGAAAAAGCCAUCCCUCCUUCAGGCCUUCCCCAGCCUCGAAGCUGCUGUCUUUUAAAAUCAGCUGUUUUAAUUCUGGAUACUUUUCUUAUUCUGGGACAUACUGAACUCUGACACAGAGCGUACUCUUGUCAAAGCACGUUUCAAGGAUGCUGGUGCUGCCCUCCAUGCCAAGGGCACACUGCAGCUCCCAACUUCAGGCUGCUGGGAGUUGAAAAGCAUCCAUGAUUUUACUCCCUCUUGGUUUAUGGGGUUUUCUGCCAAAUGCUGCCACGGGGCAGAGCUGGGCUGUUGCCCCACGGGUGCAGCCCCUCACCUGACUCCUGCCAGGUACCCGAGGGGACAGGCACUGUGACACCAGCUUGUGCUUGCCUUGCUGUGAAAUGGCUGCAAAAAGCAGUAGUGCUGGCAGGCAGUGUGGCUGGCAAGUCAAGGUUUCGGGGGAAAGCAGUUUUCUUGAACUGCCCUUGGCUGAGACCGCCCUAAGGAGGGUAUAGUAAAGCAAUCUUUGAAAUGA